AUGACAUCCAACACAAUUGGCAGUUGCUGUUUCCAAGGUGUGAAACAUGAAGGCCAGCCUCAUGGCCGAAUCAACACCGUUGGCGAAAUUGAGAUGUACGUUGUUGAGCCCGACUCGGGUUCCAACGGCGUUGGAUUGAUUUUCCUCACGGACAUCAUCGGACACAAGCUCACCAACGCCCAGCUAAUCGCUGAUCAAUUCGCUGCGAACGGAUACACUGUUGUUGUUCCGGAUCUCUUCCACGGCGACCCGGUGCCGCUCAACGUCGACAUGGCGACUUUCAGUCUUCCCGACUGGUUACAGGGUAAACUUAGUGCGAAGAAAAUCCCUCAUACUCCCGAAAUGGUUGACCCUAUCGUGGCUGGGUCGCUCAGGUUUUUGAAGGAAACGUAUAAUCCUAAGAAGGUCGCCGCCGUGGGAUACUGCUUCGGCGCCAAGUAUGUAGUUCGUGGCCUCGGCUCCGGGAUCUUCGACGCCGGCUACGUCGCGCACCCUGCUAUGGUAAGCACAGAGGAGCUAGAGGCGAUCAAUGGUCCGCUUGCUGUUGCAGCAGCUGAGGUGGACGACAUCUUCCCGGCUAACCUCCGACAUGACUGGGAGGCGCUGCUGCUGAAGGUGGGAAUUCCGUAUCAAAUCAACCUGUACUCCGGGGUUAGCCAUGGUUUCGCUGUCCGGUGCGAUCUGAGCGAUAAGAGACAGAAGUAUGCCAAGGAGGCCGCUUUUCUGCUGGCCCUCGAGUGGUUUGAUGAGCAUAUGAAAUAG